CAACAAAAACAGAAAAACCCAGGAAGAACUGCAGUUUGACCUUCCCCCUCUUUCCCUCUCUCCCCCCAUAUCCAAUUGGCCGAUCAUCAGCAAACAAUGUCCAACAACUAAUAAAAAAACCCCCUCAAUUUUCCAAAUUUUCUCCUUUCUUCACCUUCACUCUUCCUGAGCUCCGAUGGAGUCCGGAAUCAACCUUCAUGAUCUCUUCGAGUUCAUUAAACAACCCGCAAUCGUCGAACCAUUUGUCGACAUUUUACUGUGCACAGUCCCGAUUUGGCUCGCUGUAAUGAUCGGCUUGCUCAUCGGCUGGUCAUGGCGUCCGCGGUGGACUGGGCUCGUAUUCCUUGGAUUUCGCAGCAAACUCCGUUUCUUAUGGACUGCUGCUGCCCCGCCUGGCUUCGGCGCUCGCCGGCUUUGGCUCGCGUUUACCGCGCUGUCUGCUUUCUCUGUUCUUCGUACUCUUUGGUCGGGAAAUGCGAAACAAUCUGCUACUCCUGAUGCAUCAUCCUCUCAAUCAAUAUCUGAUUUAGGGCGCGAGAUUACUCAUAAUGAUGCAACUGUUGGAGAUUCAGAGAUUGAACAUGAUGUUGUCAGCGAGAAUGACUUAGAACACCUCUUGCAUAUUCUUGAGGAAAAGGACGGAGAAUUUCCGUGGCAAAGUUUGAUGGAGCGCACAACGUCAAACAUGUCAUACCAAGCAUGGCGUCACGAGCCGGAGAAUGCCCCAACAAUAUAUCGCAGUCGAACUAUAUUUGAGGAUACAACUGCUGAGUUGGUGAGAGAUUUUUUCUGGGAUGAUGAGUUUCGUCCUAAAUGGGAUCCUAUGCUUACAUAUUUCAAGAUAUUAGAGGAUUGCUCGCAUACAGGAACAAUGAUUGUCCACUGGAUCAAAAAGUUCCCCUUUUUCUGUAGUGACCGGGAAUAUAUUAUUGGUCGGAGAAUAUGGGAGGCUGGAAAAGGUUAUUACUGCAUUACAAAGGGGGUCCCAUAUCCAAGGUUGCCCAAGCGUGAUAAGCCAAGGCGUGUAGAGCGUUAUUUUUCUAGUUGGGUUAUAAGGCCUGCAAAGUCUCUUAGAGAUGGACAAAUGACUGCCUGUGAAGUAAGUUUGGUUCAUUAUGAGGACAUGGGCAUCCCUAAAGAUGUGGCGAAGUUGGGUGUGAGGCAUGGAAUGUGGGGAACUGUGAAGAAAUUACAUGCUGGCAUGAGAGCUUAUCAAAAUUCUCGGAUAUCAGAGAUAUCUCUUUCAAGGUGUGCUGUGAUGGCAAGCAUUACUACAAAGAUUUCCUUUGAAGGGGAUACUGGAGAAUCUGCUCAAGACGAGCAGAAUCAAUGUUUAGAUCCUCGUACAUGUAGAAAUCUGGGCAUCAUAGACUGGAAAUGGGUUCUUAUAGGAGGAACAGUAGCCGUGAUUUGUGGACUUCAGACAGGAGUUGUAAGGAAAGCUUUGUUGACUGGAGCUGGGAGGAAAAUUUUGCGGAUCUGAGAUUUCAUUUUGGGAGCUGUAAUUCUUUUGUAACGGGUAAGCCAAUGUAUUCCUCAGUAUAUAUAUAUGUAUGUCUUCAUAUAUUCAUCGGCAUCAAGAUAUUCUUGCUCUUUGAUCGCGGUGAAGAGGCUCUAUUUUUUAAUAAGUGAUUUUGUUCAUUAUGUAAUCUAUUGUAAAUUGUGUAGUAAGACAUCGUAAAUUGCAGUUAACCACCACUAUCCGUUGUACUAUACCAUUAAAAGGUUUAUGAUGUAAAGUUGAAGAUGUAAGUUUGAAGGAGCAUUUAUCUGUUGGCGAUGUUUAUUGAACAAUCAUACUAUUCAUUUCCUUGAUAAUAAUUAGUUGGACAUUUACACAA